AUGUCAAGCAACGAAGACGGACGUUCCAACGCCGGAUAUCUCACCUCAUCGCCUGAACUAGAUGACCAUUGCUACCAGAUUGCCAAGUGCCAGCAGCCAGAUAGUCUGGGAACCAAUCGAAACAUUGUCGAUUCUUCCUACGGUGUGCAGUCCUCUGCUACCCGUGUGUUUUCCAGUCUUCUACCAGCAUAUACCAUGCCAAACCCUGCUUGUGAGGCGACUUCAGAUGGAGAAUUCAUCAACAUCCUGCCUAACAAAGCAUUUAUACCGAAGAGAGAAGCCGAGGAUCAGAAUAACGCCAAUCCCUCACAGCAGGGAGCAAACCUACAACGAUUCAGCUUCUUUUCCUCUGCGUUGGAGUCCACUAUCUAUGCUGCCGAGCUUAGUGGCCUAAAUCUUCCUGGAGGAACUGUCCAGGACCUUUUCAGCUCCCUGGAUGAAGAAAACAAUGGAGUAUGGUGGCUCAAUAUGAAUAAUCCUACUGGGGAAGAAGUCCAGACCAUCUCCAAUGCCUUCGGCAUACACCCCUUGACCACUGAGGAUAUCAUCACUCAGGAAACCCGCGAAAAGAUUGAACUUUUUCCUUCCUACUAUUUCUCCUGCUUCAGAUCCUUCAGAAGCGUGGACCAACCCGCUAGAACCGACUACAUACCUUUCAAUAUGUACGUUGUGGUCUUCCGUGAGGGUACUCUCAGUUUCAGUUUUGCCCCGGACGCUCAUGCAAGCCGAGUGCGGACUCGAAUCUCCAACUUGAAGGAGUAUGAGUUUCCAAGCAGUGAUUGGAUCUGCUAUGCUUUGAUUAACGAUAUUGUGGAUUCUUUUGCGCCCGUUGUUUCUAAACUCGAAUGCGAGGCAGAGGCACUUGAAGAACAACGGUUUAUUGCUCGACCUGAUGACAAUUGGAGAUUCCUCCAGAGAAUUAGUAUAGCACGAAAGAAUACCACGAGCCUUAUGCGUCUCCUGGGUGGAAAGGCAGAUGUCUUACGCGGCUUUACGAAACGAUGCACCGAAAACUACAAAGUCACACCCCGUAUGGACAUUGCCCUCUAUCUUGGUGAUAUACAAGAUCAUGUUGUGACCAUGACGAACAGCCUGGUCCAUGUCGAGCAAAUGCUCUCGCGAUCACAUAGCAACUAUCUGACUCAACUGUCGAUCAACAGGAUCGCUCAAGGUAAUCGGGUCAACCAGUUUCUGACCCGUGUUACUGUUUUGGCCACCGUGCUAGUACCUCUAGUGGUGGUUACUGUACUCUUCGGAAUGAACAUCUCGAUCCCGUGGAAAGGUGGAACCAAAUUGAAUGCCUGGUUCGGGAUUGUGGGUGGUAUCAUUGCCUUUGCUCUUGCCUGUAUACUUGUUGCAAGGAAGAGAAGGUACAUCUAG